AUGAUCAUUCUAAAUGAGUUGCCAUUUAGAUUUGUGGAGUCGAAAGGAUUUAGGCAUUGCAUAUCAGUUGCAUGUCCUAGAUUUCGUGUCCAUCACGAUGGACAGUUGCUAGGGAUUUUGUAUCAGCUUUAUAUUGAUGAAAAGACUCAUUUGAAGCAAUUCAUGAAAUCAUCUUUUACAAGAGUAUCUCUUACCACUGACACAUGGACCUCAUUACAAAGGGUCAAUUAUAUGUGUCUUACGGCUCACUUUAUAGACAAAGAUUGGAAACUAAACAAAAAGAUAUUAAAUUUUUGUCCUAUUUCUAGUCACAAAGGUGAAGCUAUUGGUAAGACGGUUGAAAAAUGUUUGCAUGAUUCGGGGAUUGAUAAGAUUUUUACUAUUGCAGUUGAUAAUGCUAGUUCUAAUGAUGUUACAAUUGCAUAUUUGAGGAAAAAAUUUAACAAUGCUGGAACUAGUAUUUUGGGAGGUAAAUAUCUUCAUUUAAGAUGCAUUGCACGUAUUGUUAAUCUUAUUGUUUGUGAUGGAUUGAAGGAAAUGAAUGAAACAAUUGCUCGUGUUAAAGGGACAAUAAGAUAUAUGAGACAAUUACCUUCCAGGUUAGCUAAGUUUAAAGAAUCUCAAAAGUUUGAAAGGGCAUUUGAUGCAUUUGAUGAUGUUGAUCCUUAUUAUAGAGCUUCAUUGAUGAUUAAAAAAGUACAUCAAGCAAUAGAAGACUUAUUUAAUGAAUACAAAAGAAUGUUAGAACCUCAGUCUGAGCAAGUUGGUGAAAGUAGUCAAGUGAGCCAAAUGUCACAGCCCACCGAUGAUGAAAGUGAAAAUGGAAUGACAAAAAAAAAGGAAAGCUUUAAGUCCAAGUACAAGAGGUAUAGGAUUGAACAUGGCAAAGAUGAACAUAAAUCAGAAUUGGCUAAAUAUUUGAGUGAAGAGCCUGAUAAUGAUGAUAGUGAUGACUUUGAUGUUUUAACUUGGUGGAAACUUAAUAGCCAUAGGUUUCCUAUCCUUUUCCAUCUAGCUCGUGAUGUAUUAGCAAUUCUCAUAUCCACAAUUGCUUUCGAAUCUACUUUUAGCACUGGUAGUCGUGUGCUUGAUGCAUAUAUGAGCUCUUUAACUCCUAAAAUUGUGCAAGCCCUUAUUUGUGCUCAAGAUUAG